AAAGAAAGAAAGAAAAACAUGGGCAGAUUCGAAAUGCACACAUCCGUGCACGGCGUGUGUCGGUUCUCUAACAAACUGUCAACACCAUCCUGACGCGUGAUCCGAAGUGAAGUGCCGGCGGCACGCACAAGCUCGUGAGACCUACGGGUCAAGAGCGCACGCUUUGUCCUGCCGUUUGUGUCGCUCUCCACGGGAGUUUGGGGAUUUGAACAUCUCUGAGGGGAAACGUGGAGCGAGAAUCGAGACACACAAGAGGAGAACGGACUUGCGAUCACAGCAGAGCAAAAGGAAGGAGAUCCGAUCGUUGCUUUUCAUGCACCGAGCAACGUCACGCAAACCGGAUAAAGUCAUUGUUUCAGUCCCGCUUGGAUGUUUCCGCUGGAGCCGAGCAUGAUUUGGAGUGUGCUCCUCGAACAGGAUGGUCGUGAGGUCCAAGUAUUUCUUUUUUCUUAGCGUGAUCCCUCCUUAGAUGAAUUCGGCUUCCUCGCUUUGACCCAGCAACUAAAUAAGUGCGCGUUUUUUUUUGUGUGUGUUGCUCUCCAUGACAAAUCAGCUGUUUUGUUUGGCAGCACGCGGACUUUUUUUUUAUUAGGGGACGUUUUCAUCCUUUACCUGGAGAACUUUUUUUAACGAUGAAGAGGAGAAAAAUCCCACGCUUGUUUUGCAGUGACAUCGCCGCCGUGUAGUGAAGUGGACCCACAAGGGUGGCGUUAUUCCAGCUUUUAUUUGCAUCUCCACUGACUGGAUCAAAUGGCUGACCUGCGCCCACCACAACAAAAAGUUAUGAAUUCGCCUGACGGUGAAUGAGAAACAAGAAGCACGAUUUGUGGACUCGUUUUGCGUUCGUGACAUUUUGAGCGUAUUUGCAGUGGAGUAGAGGGGAAAAAGAAAAACGGAAGACAUGGAGGAAUGGAGGCAAUGCGGACGAUGGCUGAUCGACUGCAAGGUUCUGCCCCAGAACCACCGGGUCGUGUGGCCCUCAGCUGCCGUGUUCGAUCUAGCGCAAGCCUUGCGUGACGGGGUGCUCCUGUGCCAGAUGUUGCACAAUCUCUCCCCUGGAUCCGUGGACCUGAAGGAGAUCAAUUUCAGACCUCAGAUGUCACAGUUCCUUUGUCUGAAGAACAUCCGGACAUUCCUCAAGAUCUGCCAUGACAAAUUUGCCCUGCGGAACAGUGAGCUGUUUGACCCUUUCGACCUCUUUGAUGUCAGAGACUUUGGCAAGGUCAUCUCCACUCUGUCGAGGAUCUCCCAUCACAGUAUUGCACAAAUCAAAGGCAUCAGACCUUUCCCCACAGAAGACACAGCCUUGAAUGAGGACGAUGUGUACCGGAGUCUUGAGGAACUGGCGGAUGAGCACGACGUGGGCGAGGAUGACGUCUACGACUGCGUCCCGUGCGAGGACGAUGGCGACGAUAUCUACGAGGACAUCAUUAAGGUGGAAGUACGACAACCCAUGAAAAUGGGCAUGACAGAAGACGACAAGCGGAAUUGCUGCUUAGUAGAGAUCCAGGAGACCGAAGCCAAGUAUUAUAAGACGCUAGAAGAUAUCGAGAAGAACUACAUGAUCCCAUUGAGGCAAAUUGUGAGUCCGCAAGACAUGGAGGCCAUCUUUGUCAACCUUGAGGAUGUGAUCAAAGUACAUUUUGCUCUGCUUCGAGCCAUCGACCUCAACAUGGUCACCGGAGGAAACGGUUUGGGGAAGAUCUUCCUCGACUUCAAAGAACGGUUAUUAAUCUAUGGCCAAUACUGCAGCCACAUGGAGAACGCCCAGAAGACACUGGAUGAACUAAUAGCGACACGGGAAGAUGUCAAGAUCAAAGUCGAGGAAUGUACGAUGAAAGUCCAGGAGGGCAAAUUCAAGCUGCAGGAUCUUCUGGUGGUUCCUAUGCAGAGGGUACUCAAGUAUCACUUACUGCUAAAGGAACUUCUGAGUCACUCGACGGACCGACCAGAGAGGCAACAAUUAAAGGAGGCACUGGAGGCUAUGCAGGACUUGGCCAUGUACAUCAAUGAGGUCAAGCGGGACAACGAGACACUGAAGAAAAUAAGUGAAUUCCAAAGUUCGAUAGAAAAUCUUCAGGUGAAGCUGGAAGAGUACGGAAGGCCAAAGAUAGACGGCGAGCUGAAGGUCUGCUCCAUCGUCAACCGUACCAAACAAGACCGGUAUAUAUUCCUGUUUGAUAAAGUGGUGAUUGUCUGCAAGAGGAAAGGUUAUAGCUACGAGCUCAAAGAGAUUAUCGAACUGCACUUGUAUAAAAUGUCCGAUGACCCCAUGAACAACAGAGACAUGAAAAAGUCAAGUGGAAAAAUGUGGUCUUAUGGAUUCUACCUGAUCCACCUGCAAGGGAAGCAGGGCUUCCAGUUCUUUUGUAAAACAGAAGACACAAAGAGGAAAUGGAUGGAGCAGUUUGAAAUGGCCAUGUCCAACAUCAAACCGGAGAGAGCGACGGCUAACCAGCAUAACUUCCAAAUGCACACGUUUGAUAAGAACACAAAUUGUCGAGCCUGCAAGAUGCUACUGAGGGGCAUCUUCUAUCAGGGUUACUUUUGCUCUCGGUGUGGAACAGGAGCACAUAAAGAGUGUCUGGAAGUCAUCACCAUCUGCAAAAUCAAUCCUCUUGACUUGGAACCUGGAAUAUCCUCUGGCCCCAAGAUGGUAGCAGUGAGAAACUACCACGGUACACCAGCACCCCCGGGGAAGACAGCUCUGUCCUUUCAAACGGGAGACUACAUCGAGCUGCUGAAGGGGGAUCCUGACACCGCGUGGUGGGAGGGAAGAUUGAUCCAAACGCAAAAGAAUGGCUUCUUCCCCAGUUCCUGCGUGAAACCGUACCUCGACCCAAAGCCCUUCCAGUCGAUAUCCAGCAGGCAGUCGUCAAGGGACGCCGACUACUACGGCUAUCCAUGGUUUGCGGGAAAUAUGGAACGCCAGCAAGCUGACAACCUCUUAAAAUCCCACAGCAGCGGGACCUACCUCAUCAGGGAGCGGACAGCUGAAGCUGAGAGGUUCGCCAUCAGCAUCAAAUUUAACGAUGAAGUGAAACACAUUAAAGUCAUUGAGAAAGACAGCUGGAUUCACAUCACCGAGGCCAAGAAGUUCGAGAGCCUUCUGGAGCUCGUGGAGUAUUAUCAGUCCCAUUCACUCAAAGAGAGUUUCAAGCUGCUAGAUACCACCUUGCGAUAUCCCUACAAGGCGAGGGAGCGUUCGUUGACGCGGAGCAGCUCCCGCUCGCCAGCAGCCACCUGCGCCUCCUACAACUUCUCCUUCCUCAGUCCGCAGGGCCUGAAUUUCUCCUCUCAGAGCUCGGCUCCUUUUUGGUCAGUGUUUACACCUCGCGUUGUGAGUACAGCCGUGGCCAGGUAUAACUUUGCAGCACGAGACAUGAGAGAACUGUCUCUGCGAGAAGGAGACGUUGUCAAAAUAUACAGCAAAAUCGGAGGGGACCAAGGAUGGUGGAAAGGCGAGGCCAAUGGACGGAUUGGGUGGUUUCCCUCAACCUAUGUGGAUGAAGAAGGAGUCCAGUAAGGGCUGGAUCUUGCCCACCUGGUACCCCUUUAAAAAAAUAAAUACAAAAAAAAAAAUCAGGAAACAUCUUUAAAUGUAUCUAUCUGCUGAUCUCAGAGGAAAACGCCUCAUUCACUCUCCAGGAAAGAAACUUUUUUUUUUUUUUUUGUCAUUGUCGAUGCUUCUGCUGGAUCGCAAGCACCUUGCCAACCCCCCGUCUUCAAGUUUGCCUCGGCUUUGCUCGUUUCAAGGGAUCCCUCGUUUAUUCCUGUACGGAUAAGAGCGGAAUCGCAAAAACAGACUGUGGAUAGCUUUACUCUGGAAAAAAAAGAAGAAGAAAAAAAACUUGCGGACCUCUGCGAGGUGGAAUAAUUGUACAGUAUAGAUAAUUUAUUGAAUAGAGAUUAUUAUCAUGACUGUGGUUACUUGUGGGGGAUUUCGCAACAGCAGAGAAAUCUGCAAAGAAAACGAGGAGAGAGAAAAACAAGAUGCUCUUUUUCUUUUCACAUUGACAGAUUUUGCCUUAGUUGUCAUGGUGAUGCCUUGUGGGUUGACUCCAGUGGAAGGAAAAAGACUUUGUUGACUGGCUUGGCUUCUCAUGCAUGCAUGUGUCCGUCCGUGCGCAGCCCACACAAACACCAAUGUACAGUUCGGUGCCUUUCAAAGACUGCUUCCAACCUCAACAUCAGCCGCUAAACGACAUUUGUCAUCGAUAAAAGGACAAAUUGUGCACAUGCAAAUGGGGAAGAAGAAAAAUUGAACCCGAGAAUGGACGGUAGUUGAGUCACUGAAUGCAACUAAGGGGAAGAAAUUCACAGAGUCGUACUUUUUUUCUUUAUAGUAAACAAUCACAGCUCACAUCAGUUUUAUUAUCAGUUUCAUCAACAGGAUAUGAAAGGGAAACAACUUGGGAAAACGAAGCUUCAAAUGUGCUUCAUGAACCAGUUGUAGUUUUGGAUUUCUCCAGAUGGCGCUGUUGGUUUAUACAAAGAGGAUUAAAAAAUACCGAGUGCCAUCUAGAUGAGUCAAAAAAUACACCAACUGGUUCAUGAAGCACAUUUGAAGCUUCGUUUUCCUAUCUGUAGUAACAAAACUUCACUACUCCAGCUAAUAUUGGUAUUUUUUUAACCCAACUGAACCGAUCGCCAACUUUGGCCGCUUUUUUUUUUUACUGUCUGCAUGGAAUUUUAUUUCCGUCGUAUGCUGCCUUAUGGAUUUUUUUAUGGAUGAUCAGGUGACCAGAUGUGUUUCCUCCUGGUUGUCACAUGUGAAAAUCCUCUUUGGUCGGUGCUGUGUCAACUGAGAAUUAAACUGCCAUAAAAAAGUACGUGUGGAUGACUAAGCGUGUAUGUGUGUGUGGGUGCAUUUGUGUACUAAUCAUCUGUAAUCUGCACACACUCGGAAAAUUGCGGGGGUGUGAUACAGUGCCGAGUGUUUCAGUUUAACUCUGGUGAUUGUUUGGCACUCUAUGCAUAGAUUUACGAUCGUGUAGAGUGUGAGUGACAUUUCCUUGCCGCUGUCCCCAGGUAUCGCAUGGUUUUAUACUUGCACCACAUCAUCAUAUUUAUUGACAUCUUAUUUCUGCAAUUGUGUCCAUUUCAUCACUAAGAACAUUUUCAGGUUGUCUUGAUUCAGCCCCUGGACAAGAAGAGCCCGACGCAUGUAGCUAUUGAUAUUUCAACUCCUCUCAGUACAUUCUGGAAAAAAAAAAAAUAUCUGUACGUCAUUGUGCACAUUUUUGGUUGAAUGGUUUCUAAAUGAGGUCUAUGAUGGAAUAAAUAUUUCAAAUUUA